AUGCUUUUUUAUUUGCAGCCGGGACCGAAUCCAUUUAAGGCCCCAAUCAUCCUCAACGUCUACAUAAAGUAUGAUGAACGCAAACAAGCGCUUGAUGUGCUAGUUAGGAAUCUACAAAACACUCCUCUCAAAAGAAAAGUCAGAGUGAAGACCAAAUUUUUGCUGCCAACCAACCCGCAACUAAUGGAAAAUAAGAAAUUGCUUAAGCGGUUCCGAUCCCGCGAAAGGUGUUCGGAUGGCGUAGUUAUCAUUGAUGCUCGUCACACCUCAAAGAAACGUGGACCGAAUCCGCGCUUCAAUGAGGAUUUCCAUUUUACCCCUCUUAUAGCAAAGGAUGUCAAAAUGGGAAAACUGGUUUUCGACAUAUACGAAGUGAAAAAGAAACGCAAAACCUUUCUGGGAACGAUUGAACUAUGUGGAUCAGAAAUUGAAUUAAAGUGUGACAUGGCCUACAGUCUUUACCUUCGUAAUCCGACAUACGGGUCAACUGUGGCUGCUGCUCGGGAUAGAAUCAAUUACAACGAGCUAGCUUUCUGCGCACAAUGCGUAACUGGAGCUCAUCACUUGACACCCCAUGACACAAGUGAUAGGUCUAUCAGAGAAACUGGUUCCGCGUUCCAAGUAGGUGAGCCGUCUGAUACCAAAAUGACGACCGAAAUCUACAAUGCAUAUGAUAGAUUCUCUGAGGAUCAGACAGUUGACUCCCCUUUCUGCGAAAUCGAAACUCCUCAAUUGACGGAAUCAUCAACUGUUAGUCAUGCGAAAGUGAAAUCAAAGUGA